CUCACUCUAAGCUCGCCUCGCCACAGACACCACGUAUACCGGCGUUCUGCACAUGCAUGGCCAUUUCGGGCAUCGGCGAGCUUACACUCUAAAGUCUGAAACCUACAACGACUCGGCGUAUUACAAUGGAGAGGACAGGCGCCCACGGCGGCAGCCGGUGGCUGCUUCGUCUCCUCAUCCUGGCCGCCCUGUCGGCCACGCCGUGGCUACUCGUGAUCUACUGCCACCUCUCGGUGUUCGACGGCGCGCCGGUCAGCUCACCGCAUGCAUCGCUUGUAGCGGUAACGUCCGACGGCGACGACGCCCAGCGUUUCGUCGUCGAGCAAGAAGACCAGCUCGAGAAGGUCCCGUCCGCCAGUGAGGUCACGAAGGCAGGGGAAGGGCGGCGCCGGCACGGAGACAGCGACGCCUGCCAGGGGCGGUACGUGUACAUCCACGACCUGCCGCCCCGGUUCAACGCCGACAUCCUCGCCACCUGUCACGUGUGGUACCCGUGGAUGAACAUGUGCAAGUACCUCGCCAACGGCGGCCUCGGCGAGCGGGUGGACAACGCGGACGGCGUAUUCGCCGACGAGGGGUGGUACGCCACGGACCACUUCGGCCUCGACGUCAUUUUCCACAGCCGCAUGAAGCAGUACGAGUGCCUCACCGACGACUCCUCCCGCGCCGCCGCCGUCUUCGUGCCGUUCUACGCCGGCUUCGACGUGGUGCAGUACCUGUGGGGCCACAAUGCCUCGACCAAGGAUGCCGCGUCGCUCGAGCUCGUGGACUGGCUCACGCGGCGGCCCGAGUGGCGCGCCAUGGGCGGGCGCGACCACUUCUUUCUGUCAGGCAGGACGGCGUAUGACCACCAGAGGCAGACGGACAGCGACUCGGAAUGGGGUAACAAGCUCCUCCGUCUGCCAGCCGUGCAGAACAUGACGGUGCUCUUCGUCGAGAAGACCCCGUGGACGGACUUCGACUUCGCCAUACCGUACCCGACCUACUUCCACCCGGCCAAGGACGCCCAGAUCCUCGAGUGGCAGCAGCGGAUGCGCGGCAUGAAGCGCGAGUGGCUCUUCUCCUUCGCCGGCGGCGCGCGGGCCGACCCGAACUCGAUCCGGCACCACCUCAUCAGGCAGUGCGGCUCGUCGAGCUUCUGCAAGCUGAUCCAGUGCCGGAAGGGCGAGAAGAGCUGCCUCGUCCCGAGCACCUUCAUGCGCGUGUUCCAGGGCACGCGCUUCUGCCUGCAGCCGCCGGGCGACACGUACACUCGGCGGUCGGCAUUCGACGCCAUCCUGGCCGGCUGCGUGCCGGUGUUCUUCCACCCGGCGUCCGCGUACACGCAGUACAGAUGGCACCUCCCUGAGGAUCACGACACGUACUCGGUGCUCAUCGCCGAGGAGGACGUGCGCGCCGGCAACGUCAGCAUCGAGGAGACGCUCCGCAGGAUCCCGCCGGACGUCGCGGAGCGGAUGACGGAGACCGUGAUCGAGCUCAUACCGAGGCUGGUGUACGCGGACCCGAGGUCGAAGCUGGAGACGCUCAAGGACGCCGUGGACGUGACGGUGGAGGCGAUCAUCGCGAGGGUCAACAAGCUGAGGGACGAGAUGCACGGCGCCCGAGGGCAGCUGGUGCAGACAACAGUGGAGGUGUCCAGCAAAGUUAGAUCGGAUAAUUAGCGGGAUAGUAGCCAAUAGCGAUGCGAUGUUUUGGGAGAGAAAACAGAACUGAGUGUGCAACGACGCAUAACGCGUGCAAUGCGCGCGCUUGAUGUUUUUGAGCUUAUUCUGU